AUGCGCGGUGGUAGUGGCUCUAAGCCAGGGAAGGCGGUGGCCGCUAGGAGGCGCGCGCCGGCCCGGAUCCUGAGCGAGUCCGAGCCGAGCAGUGACUCUUCGCGGCUACCUAGGCGAAUGGCGCGGCAACCCCGUAAGCCGGCCUCAAAAAGGCCGCGGGGAGUCCGCACGAGUGGCAGUGGCAGCGCAACGGACCCAGUAUUGCGCGCCGCUGCCAAAAAAUUGUGUGGGGCCUCAGCCUCGGAUACGGAGGAGGAUGACUCCGUGGCCGGGAUUAGGGAGGCUUACCAGUCGGCCCUGAGGGAGGAACGUGUGGCCGAAGCCGCCCGCGCAGUGGAGGAGGAGGCAGCGCUCCAGGAAGUGAGGAUCGUGGCGCCCUGCCCGAAAAUUGCGGCGCCAAAGUCGGCAAAGGUUCCCACAAAGAACCUCCUCCUUGAGGUGGCGGAGAACAUCCGUCACGUCUCACAAGCGUCCCGGAACCUCAAAGGGACGUUUGUGAAGGCUCUCAAGAGAGAUGCCGCCAAGCUGCAGGAGCGCGCGGAAGAGCCCUCCUCCGCGGAAACCGCGAGACUGGAGGCCAUAAUAGCCUCCCUCGAGCGGAAGGUGACGGCACUGGAGGCUGCCUUGGCCACCCAGAACAAAAUCCUCGAGGAUUUUGUGGCCGGCGACCGCUCCAGGGAGCCGAAGGCGGCCUCUAAGAAAAGGAGGAGGAUCGCCUCGAGCGGCAUGAGAGACGGAUGGAAGCUCUCAUGGAGAAAACGCUCGAGGCGAUCUCGGCCAAACUCGCCCCAGCGCCCUUCCCACGCUCCUCCCGCCUCGGCCCCCGCUCCUGCAGCCACACCUGUGGCCGAGGAGCCUGCCCAACGCCCGCCGCGUCGGCGUAUGCGGGGGUCCAGGAGGAGAGCGGCGACGCCUCUGCCUCAAUCCGCUCCGGCCCCCACAACAGUGGAAGAAGGGUGGACAGUGGUGGGUAACCGGGGCGGCAGGGGGAAGAGGAACAAGAGGAGGACCGGGCCGAAGCCGAACGCCCCAAAUGCCGGCCAGAGGCAGAAGGUGGUGCGCAAGGUUGUGCCCCAGCUUCGUCUUCCGAAGAAGGCUGCCGUCACCCUGACGGUAGCACCGGAGGCGGUAGAACGGGGCACGACCUACGCCCAGGCCCUGCAGGCGGUCAGGGGCAAAGUCGACCUGGCCAGCCUUGGCAUCGGGGUCGGCAUGAAGGCGCGACGGGUGGCCACCGGUGCCUACCUUUUCGAGGUGCCCGGACCUGAGUCCGAGGCGAAAGCCGACUCCCUCGUCAUCAAAAUGAGGGAGGCGCUCUGUGGGUUGGAAGGCGUUCGCGUCUCCCGGCCCGUCAUGACGGCAGAGCUGCGCAUCUCAGGGCUUGACGAGUCCGUCACCCCUGACGAUGUCGCAACGGCUAUCGCCAAAAUCGGAGAGUGUUCGAUCGAGGACCUGAAGGUGGGCCAGGUCAAGAUCGAGCACUCGGGUCUGGGCGCCGCGUGGGCCCAGUGCCCGGCAAAGGUGGCGGAUAAGGUCGCCAGGGCAGGACGCGUCCUGGCGAACAUCAAUCACUGCGCCAGAGCGCAGGACUUGCUUGUUCAGAGCCUGGCGCAGUGGUCAAUCCACGUGGCUGUAGUCAGCGAGCCGUAUUUCGUUCCCCCCCGGGAUGACUGGGCAGGGGACUCCGACGGCUCGGUGGCUGUCAUCACCGGGGUGCCGCCGGCUCCCCGCCCUUCGAAAAAAAGUAGCGAAGGGACUGGUCGUCCUAAAUCGGGGUCGGAGGACACGUGCGUGCGGCACAACGGGGGUUCGGUGGUGGACAUCACGUUCGCCACCCCGGACCUAGCCCGCCGUGUCCAGGGCUGGAGAGUCCUGGUGGAGGAGGAGACGCUGUCCGAUCACCGGUACAUACGGUUCAGUGUCUCCACUCCCCGGACCAACCAGCCCAGUAACAGUGGAAGUUUGACCUCCCGACGAUGGGGCGGCCAGCGUUGGGCCGUUACGCGGCUCAACCGGGAGGCCGUGAAGGAAGCCGCUCUUGUUCAGGCGUGGUUCCCUGUACCGGCAGGGCCGGUGCGGGUCGAAGAGGAGGCGGAGUGGUUCGGGGGGGCAAUGUCGCAAAUCUGCGACGCGGCCAUGCCCCGGGCCCGAUGCCUCCCUCCGAAGCGACAGGUGUACUGGUGGUCGGCGGAGCUCACCCAGUUACGCGCGUCCUGCAUGGCUGCGCGCCGUCGACUCGCCAGACACCGCCGCCGUCAUUCCCGUCCGCCCGGCGAUGAUGAACAGGAGCGGCUGCUUCACGGCCUACACAAGACGGCCAAGAGAGCGCUGCGGGUGGCCAUUGCGCAAGCAAAGGCCGCGGCACGUGAGGAGUCUCGGAGAACUCUCGACAGCGACCCGUGGGGACGCCCGUACCGCAUGGCGUUGAGCAAGCUCCGCCCGUGGGCGCCCCGCUGA